UAUACUAAUUUUAAUAAUACAAUUUGGAUUGUAAAUUUUCUCUCGGGUUAUGCACACUAUUGAUUUUAUGUCAUACAUUUUCCUAGUUGUGGUUGGCUAAUAGUGAAAGGUAAAUAUUAUUUUGUCGUAUUGAAAAACAGGUGGUGGAAGAUUUUCGUGGGAAAGAUGUUGGUCUUUGAGAUUGUUUCUUUGUCCGCGCACACGUGUAUCUGAAACGCAACAGACAACUACGGUGCGUGUUUGUUGUGCGAUAUAUUUUGUUAAAAAUUUGAUGGACAGUACUUGAAAUUGCCAUGAUGAUUUGCUACAGUUUAUUUGUAACUGUCAGUUCAGUUCUGGCACUAUGCACUUUUGGAACAGCUCAAUCUUUAGAUGGCGAAUGUGCACUACAUCUAACUGGUCCAGGAAGAACUAGUUUUUUCGAUUUUAAUACUAACACAUUGAGGGGUGGUCCAUUAGGUAUGGGUCAAUCAGGUCAGUGUAUCACUUAUGAAGCAGUCAACCAAGCAUACGUAGAUGCCAGAAAAAGAAUUAACGUGGCACAAACAAAUGCAGACAAGUGGACAGCUCAGGAAUUGGCAUCCGUCGGGGAACUAUUGUUGGACAUAUCCAUACAGUUGACUAAAAACUAUGGACUUUCGUACGAAGAAGUAGAAAAAGGAUUGCCUCAGAUAGACACGUCUAGGACUUUGAUCAGAGAGGUGUGUCCGGCUUUCUUGUCCAACGUCGAGUGCAGACCGGGCAAGUACAGGAGAUAUGACGGUCUGUGUAACAACGUCAAACAUCCGACGUGGGGCGCUAGCAAUACGCCUUUUUCCAGGCUGGUUGGACCGCUGUUUUCCGACGGAAUGAGUGCACCAAAAGUCAGCAGCCUCAAUAACCGAGAUCUACCGAUAGCCAGAGUGGUUUCCAGGACGAUGCAUCCCGAUGAGGGAUACCACGAACACGCGGCUACCGUGUUGUUGGUCGCAUUUGGUCAGUUCAUGGACCACGAUUUCACACUCAUGGGAACGCCCGCUGACCCAAUUACCAAGAAUGAACCAGAAGAAUGCUGCAAUCGACCUCCGCAUUUAAAACAUCCUUACUGCAACGAAAUACCUGUUCCUGAUGAUGAUUACUUUUACAGUAAAUUCAACGUUAAAUGUAUCGAUUUUGUAAGAGCUUUUCCAUCAGUUAGACCAGGAUGUCGCUUAGGCUCAAGGGUACCGUUCAAUACGUUGACAGGAGUAAUAGACGCAAAUACAGUUUACAGCGUCACUGAAGAUUACGCUAGACAUUUAAGAACUGGUUAUGCUGGUUUACUUCGCAUGAACCCAGCGUUUAUGGACCAUGGACUAAAAGAUUUGUUGCCUUUGAGACUUAAAGAUCCCGAUGAAGGAUGUACUAGAUUAAAACGUUCGCAAUAUUGUUUUGAUGCCGGAGAAGUACGAGUAAAUGAACAACUCGUACUUGCAACUAUGCAUAUUAUAUGGGCAAGAGAACAUAAUAGAAUAGCAAAAGAAUUCAUUAAAAUAAAUCCACAUUGGGAUGACGAAACUAUUUUCCAAGAAGCAAGACGGAUCGUUAUAGCAGAAAUUCAGCAUAUCACUUAUAACGAGUUUUUGCCAACAUUGCUUGGAAAAGGAGUGAUGGAAAAAUUCGGACUGCUAUUACAAAAAGAAGGCUAUUGGGAUGGUUAUGACUCGAAUGUUAACCCCAACAUCCUCUCCGAAUUUUCAGCAGCAGCUCUCAGAAUUGGUCACACAUUUUUGCCCACUUCGAUUGAAAGAUGGAGCAGAGCUCACAAAUUCAUAGCUUCUAAAAAAUUGUCCGAUCUUAUCCGCCGGCCAUAUGAUUUGUAUAGAGCUGGUGUUCUCGACGAGUACAUAAUGGGUUUGACUAAUCAAGUUGCUCAGGCUAUGGACGAUUCAGUAACGCAAGAGGUUACGAACCUGUUGCUGAAGAAACCGGGCAUGAGGUUUGGAGUGGAUUUAGUAUCAUUUAAUAUCCAAAGAGGCAGAGAUUUUGGUUUACCCGGAUACAUGGAAUACAGAAAGUUUUGUGGCCUACCAGCGUCUGACUUAUUCCAAAGUUUAUCAGGAGACAUGCCUAAUUCCACUAUUCACCGAUAUUCAACCAUAUAUGAUUCUCCAGAAGAUGUAGAUUUAUGGUCAGGUGGUGUAUCCGAAAAACCUUUACCCGGAAGCAUGGCAGGUCCGGUAUUUUCGUGUAUUUUGGCUACCCAAUUUAGUUAUGCUAAAAGAGGUGAUCGUUUUUGGUACGAACUGCCAAAUCAACCAUCUUCUUUUACUCCAGAUCAAUUACAAGAAAUCCGAAAAACAAGAUUAGCUCGAGUGUUGUGUGAUAACACUGAUUUGAUCGACACUAUUCAACUAUGGCCAAUUGUUCUUCCUGAUCAUGAAAUAAAUCCUCGAGUACCAUGUCGUAGCGGAAUUAUUCCAUCAUUAAACCUGAACAAAUGGGCUGAUUUCCCAACGACCUCGUGAAAUAUAUAGCCACAUUUAUUUUAGAUCGAACACCACCUAUACGAAAUAGUAUUUUAAUGAUACAUUUUCUUAAGUGAAGAGAGGGUUUUGGAAUCAUUGUAUUUAUUAUAAUCGAGUAUAUUAUUAUGUUGCUAGUUUUAUAAUUUAUAAUAUACACUAUCUAAGAGAUUUAUUUUCCUGUCAAUAAAUGUAUGUAUUUAAUUUGUUUUGUUGUAAUCAAGUGUAAAAUAAUAAUUAAUAUAUAACCUAGGUAUGCAUUAUUUUUGAAAAUAGUAUUUUGAUUUACAAUUAAUUAUUAUACAAUGCUAUCCUUUAACCGGCAACCUACAAAUUCACUUCAUUGUAAAAUGAUUCUGAAAUUUCGAUUUAUCAUAUUUUUUUGUACUUUUUGUGAUUUUAUGAUUUUAUGGAUAUCUUAAAACAUAUCGAAGACUUUUUUUAUUUUUAUAUAAUUUAUCACAUACAUUUUAUACAUCAAAUAAACUUUGAAACAUAUAUUAUUAUUUUUAUUAUUGUUUAAAAGAGUUGUUGUCAUUUACCAUUUAAGCUCGAUAGUCGAUAAUUAAAACACAACAUAUUACAUUUUGUGCAUUUAAACUUUGAAGAUUAAUUGCUCUUUUGUGUAUUAAUUUAGUCUUAACUCAAAACCGUUUUUACCGUAAUGUCAACUGCCUGGUAUUAUACUUAGAUGAUGUAGGACAGUUGAAAUGUUUGUAUUAAAAUAAAAUUGAAUUAUUAAAAAAAAUGACAUUUUUACCUUUGGAUUUA